AUUUAUAUGAAGAAUAAAACGUACAAUUUAUUGAUUUUUAUUUUAUUAAUCAAAAAUGAAAAAAAUAUAUUAACAUUUUCAUUAGAAGAAAUAACAUUAUUCUGUAACUUACUACUUAAAAUAAUAAAUCGAUUGCAAUAAAUUGUUCAUUUUUUACUUCAUCGAUAUAAAAUUUACGCCAAAUAUUAUUAAAUUUUUACUAAUAACUUCAUUUAUUAUAUUUUACAAUUUUAAUAUUAAAUUAUUUUAUAUUCCAUUAAAUAAUUUCAUUUAUUAUAUUUCAAACAUAAAAUUACUAUCCGUUUCACAAAACUAUUUUAAUAACCAUUUCCAACAACUUUUUCCUUGAAACAUAUCUAGUAAAAGUAAGAAGACAAGAGCAAUAGAAUUGCAGUUGAGUUCCUGGAAGCGAAUGUGAACUCGUGCAUACAUAACUAUCAGCGUAGAAGUUGAUCGAGCAGGCAAAGGGGGAUCUAGGCAAGAGCGGAGCAACGUGUUUCGUCAUCGACGGUCUGGUUGAAUCGUACACGGUUGGAGGCCGAUCGAGUCGAGUCGAACGCGAGUGGAACGCCACGGAAAUAGUACACAGACUGCGUCGAUGAUCGUUUGUCGUGCUAUUACGCAAGCGGUCGUUCUCGGUCUGGGUUUGGUUCAGGUGUAUGCGGGGAUUCCUCGUGGCGCCGUUCGUCUGGCGCACUAUUCGCCCCUCACACGCGCCAGUCGGCCAUGUUCGUGAACUAGCCGAUGACAGACACGAGAUCUGGCACACUCGAGAAACCUCCUAUGGCAUCCGGAGAAUUCGUCGAGCGCGCAAGAUACAAUAUAGGUUCCUUCAAGAAAAUAAAUAUGUCGAAUAUAAAAAUCAUUGCGAUAUUAAUCGCAAUUUUUUGUUUGACAAAUCAUUUAGUUUUAAGCGAUUAUUGUUACACUGAUGAUACAGAUCCCUUUAUGCACUUCGGUCCAUACACACGUAAUCAUAUUGUUCGUGGUGCAAUAACUAAUCCUCAUUUGCCAAAUUGUAAACUUCGCCAGAUUUGGAUGUUAGCUAGACAUUCAAUUAGUAGUGAUAACAAUUACUGGUCGCCUCAUGUACAUGAACUCUUGCAAAAAUAUCAUAACAAUAUCUCCGAGAGCUAUGACCUAGGCGGAGUUCAUUUAUGUGCAAAGGAUAUUGAAAAGCUGAGAGAAUGGAAAAAAUAUGAAUUUCUAGAUGAUGAUAAUCUUAAGCUAUUGAUAAAGCAAGAUAAACAAGAUAUGUUUUCUCUUGGUAUACGAUUUAAAAAUUAUUUCCCGAAUUUUUUUGAAUAUGACUCAGUUGAUUCUUUAAAACAUGAAUACCUUUUUAGAGGAAUUGAACAAUUGGGAACAAAAGAUAGCAUAAAUAGCUUCAUAAAUGGUCUGUUUGGUAAUGUAACUUUUGAUAUAAAAAUAAAGAAGAAAGAUAAUUUAUUGCAAUUUCAUAAUAUUUAUCAGCCAUUUUUGAAACAUAAGAGUGCAUCACAAAUGAAAGAAUUUCAUAAAUAUAUACAAUCUGCAGAAUGGAAUGAAAUGCUUGCGAGUAUUAGUGAUCGACUCGGUUAUUCGUCACCACUUCCUUUUAGUACUAUCAAAUCUUUUUAUCGUACUUGCACCUUUGAGACUAUUUAUUACGGGUCAUCUCCCUGGUGCGCCAUUUUUAGAAAGGAAGAUCUGGAAAAGAUUCAAUUCAGCGAAGAUUUGAUGUCUUAUUAUAAUUCAGGUUAUGGUCAAAACAUGAGACAAAUUGUUGGAUGUCCAAUGAUAAAGGACGUGUACAAUCAUUUUCGAAAUUUUGAGGAUGGAUAUGGUGUAGACGAACCGAAAGGUAUUUUUUACUUUGCUGAUAUUACCGCGAUUCAACUUUUGUUAUCAACAAUUGGAGCUGCAAAAGAUCCAGAACCUUUGUUAGCUAAAAAUUUCAUCCAAGCAAGAAACAGAAAAUGGUAUCAGGCUCAUAUAACACCGCUCUCUGCAAAUUUAGUGAUUAUGUUGUUUAAAUGUAGUAAAGAUUACAAGGUGAACUUGUACUUAAAUGAAAAACCGUUAGAUAUCGAUUGUUGCGAACACGGCAUAUGCGAUUGGAAUUUUCUGAGGAACAAACUAGAAGAAACUGUGUUCAACUGUAAAGCGGACAUAUGUCAUGAUUAAUGUACAUGUUAAAUCCUGUUUUAAAGAUAUAGUAUUUAAUAAUCUAGCAAAAGAUAAGAAUAAAAAUAAGAUAAUAGUGAGGAUGAUAGUAUACUUUUGUUAAAAAUUGCGUAGAAGAAAUGACAAUAUGACAACUUGAACGUGUAUGUUGAAAUCAAUAAAGCUGAUAUGAUGAAGAA